AUGAAGGACCUCCUAGUCUGGCUCGGCCUUCGCCGCCCCAACCAGUGGGAGAACCUCACCAUGCUGGACCAUCUCAUCCUCUCUCCGCUCAACUACUUGGCCAGCAGUUUCUACCGCCUUGUUCUCCACCUCAGAGGCACGCCCUUCCGCCCCCCUCGCCACAAGGCUGCCGUCCGCGUGGUAUGCAUCUCCGACACACACGACCAGACUGUGGACGUGGCCCCGGGCGACAUUCUCAUUCACGCAGGGGAUCUUACCAACAACGGCACCGCUGCAGACAUCCAGAAGCAGCUCGACUGGCUAAAGUCCUUGCCUCACGCCGUGAAAAUAGUCGUUGCCGGUAACCACGACAGCUACUUUGACAUACGGAGUCGAUGCGAUGAUGACCGGCGCCGAGCUGCCAGGCUCGAUCUCGACGGCAUUGUCUAUCUACAGGGCGAGAGCUCGGUCCACACAAUCAAGGAAAGGGAAAUUUCAAUCUUUGGCGCCCCAGACAUUCCCGAGUGUGGUCCCAAAAGUUUUGCGUUCCAAUACUCGCCUGCCCAGUCACCUUGGCUGAGUAAAGUGCCUCCGCAGACAGACAUUCUCGUGACACACGGGCCUCCAAAGCACCACCUGGAUCUAGACCUAGGCUGCCCUCAACUACUCCGAGAAGUCUGGCGCGUCAAGCCCCGGCUGCAUGUAUUUGGCCACUGCCACUGCGCCUACGGCAAAGAGUCUGUGUAUUGGGAUGACAUGCAAAUCGCCUACGAGCGUCUCUUGUCUCGCCCACCGAGGGGGUUUUUCCGGGACUUCAUCCCCAACCAGUCUUGGGUUGACAUGUCUGCCGUGGUUUUCCACGGUAUCCAUAGCGUGCUUUGGAAAUGGCUCAUGGGCGGGCCUGGCAGCGGUCAGGGUAGCCUCAUGGUCAAUGCCGGUCAAAUGUACAAAAAUACGGGAAGGGCUGUCAGCCGCUCCAUCGUUGUAGAUAUUUAG